AUGAACAUCAAAAUGUAUUCGGUGCUGUCGGUGAGGCAGCUCCACUGGUACCUCACGCUGGUGGUGCUGCUCACCGUUGGCAUCCAGGCACAUGACAGCGGGGACUGCCUCUCUGUUGCCCUCGUGGCCAUUCCCGAUUGCGCCAAAACCUGCUUUCUGGAGCAGGCCCCAUCUAUCGGCUGCGAUGGCUUGGACUUUGUCUGCCAGUGCAAGAAGCAAGCAGCAUUUUACGCAUCAGUGGAGGCAUGUGUUGUUGAUGCAUGCGAGGCGUCAGAAUAUGAGAAGGUGAUUGAUGGUGUUGGGACUGUGUGCGAGUGUGCUGUCGAUGCCAAAGAUCACGACCAUGCCAGUUCUGCCUCUUUGGACUCGGCAUCGUCGACUUCAUUCAUCAGCUCUCCACCCACAGCUGCACCAUCAGGGGAGCCAUCUGCCCCUCCAGUGGUGAUUGUCACCACUACCACCGACGUGGAGGAUGGUGACGACAGCUCCCCAACAGAGACCACCUCUGCGCCUACUGAGACCUCUCCCCUAGUGGAGGCUGAAAACGGGGCGGACCACACCUCAACCUCGAGACUUGGCCUGAUGGCUACUGUCUUUGGAGCUGCCUUGGCUUUUGCCCUCCUCUGAAUCAGCAAUCUGGUAUGAAGGCCAGACCAGAAAGUUUCCGAUGAACGAUAUACCGAUCAUGAAUGAGACGACAACGACGACCAACUACGAUGACAACGACCACAACGCCACUUUCCUAACGAAUCUGUACGACAUGAUGAUACCCAUACACAUUACCCACGCAUAGUGUUUCACUCUUCUUGAGAAAUCUUUUCCUUGGAUGACGUCUCUCUCAUGUAUAUAAAAAGCAUGUUCUUGACCCGAGUGUCAACAACGGAGCUUCUAUGAAGCUUCAUCUGCAGUCUUUUCCUUUGUUUACGUAGUCAUGAUGUCUCUUCAAUAAAUGUACCGCCAUCGAGUGUUGAUGCUUUGUUCAUAUAUCACCUUUUCACCUGAGGCCCUGAAUUAACUGGUUUCGUUGGAUUUUGGAGGGUAGCUACGGUUCUUUGCCUAGUACACAAGACGAACAAUGGCAUUCUUCUACGGCGCUGCUCCUUGUUCACCCAACAGGGCUGCUUCCCUUAGGACAACUGCAGGCAGAGACUGAGACAAUAGCAUUGUGUUUGGGACGCCA